AUAAGGAAACGCUAAGGCAAGGCGCGAUGCGAACGUAUAGACGAGUUCCUGAAUGGAUGAUCGCCUCGAAAUGUUAUGUAAUGCUGGGGAGAGAGAGCUUGGGGAUUUGUGAAUCAGUUGUGAGCUACUUACUUUGCAAAAGAGGGGAGAAAAAAAGAGCAGGGGCUUCUCAGAUUUCACAUGGCAUGUAAGGUUUUGUUAGGAAAUGCACGAGAAAUUGAGAUCGGCUACUUGCAACUUGCAGUCGUCUCAUAUCGUGGAGGUCAUAUUGGAAGAAAAAAAGCAAACCUGAACACACACACACAUACACGGGCAGGCAGACACACACACUCACACACACACUCACACACACACACACACACACAAAAAGGCUAACCAAAACACGAGAUCUUCCAGUAGCUCGGUGGCUGAGGUGCUUUUUUUGUUUUGUUUUGGCAGUGCGGUGUUGCUAAAUGCACAAAAUAAAAAAAAAUGAAAGACGGAGGCAAAGUUCUGAAAAGUACUUUGAGGCGGAACGUGUCGUUUUGCUGAAAGCCGUGCACUGAGGCGAAUUUAAUUGUUUUGCGCUGAUCUGAGUGCGUGCGUGCACGCGUGCGUCGGAGUGGCCGCUGAGGAGGACAAGAAGAAGGAGAAAAAGAAAAAGAAGACGACUUAGAAGGAGAAACCUAAAGGCGUUAACAGAAGAAUCCGCUGAUAAUGACCGCUCGUAGCCCAAAGCCAGCUUCGUUUCAUGUGGCCCGACGUUAAUGAUGCGCAGCCUAACCAUGGAUCGGGCCCGAGUUCACGAAUAUGGUCCGUAAAAAGAAUCUCCCUCUGAGAAACUUUGGCGGUGAAGGUGGAGCAUCAGAAUCGGCAGGUACGGAACACCAGGACUCCAACCCAGACCAACCGGCAGAGCCCAUGCAAGACGUCGUCAGUCAUGGAGACAUCCUAGAGCCUGACAAGAAGGAGGAUCAGAACCCUCAUGUCGCCGAGCCCUCUCCUAGCAUCAAAAGAGACUUGAAAAGCCCGGCACCGAGCGAGAAACCUGGCUUCAAUUAUGAAAGCCACAAAAAGGGAGGAAAUGUUCCAUCCUUCCCCCAUGAUGAGGUGACAGACAGAAAUAUGCCGGCUCUCUCAUCUGCAUCUGCCGGGGGAGCCUGCGAACGGCUCAAGUCUCCGACGAGAUCGGAUCCAGAUGAUGAAGAAAACGGGGCCUGCGCCCCUUCUGGAGACCUCUCGGAGACGAAAGAAGGGAGGCAGAUGUCGCCGGCGGCCGCCACGGGCAGGACCUCGCAAGUUCAAGGUGCUCCGUCCGAGCACGAAGGCCUGGCCCUGGAUGCCCCCGGGACCUCGCCCAGCCCCCCAGUGCCUUCAGAGCAGGCUGCGGACAAAUCGAAAGCAGACACUUGGAACAACAGCAUGCCCGACGAGGUGCCACCCGUGUCUCCGAAGCUGCAGGACUUCAAGUGCAACAUCUGUGGGUACGGUUACUAUGGCAACGACCCCACGGACCUAAUCAAGCACUUCCGCAAGUAUCACCUGGGUUUGCACAACCGCACCCGGCAGGAUGCCGAGCUGGACACCAAGAUCUUGGCCCUCCACAACAUGGUACAGUUCUCCCAAUCCAAAGACUUUCAAAAGCUGAACCACAGCGCGCUGAGCGGGGUGCUUCAGGACUUUGGCUCUCAGCGGCCCAUGGUACUCAACGGCACGUACGACAUACAGGUCAACCUGGGUGGGACAUUCAUCGGCAUUGGCAGGAAAACCCCAGACUGUCAGGGCAACACUAAGUACUUCCGCUGUAAAUUCUGCAACUUUACCUACAUGGGCAGCACUUCCACGGAGUUAGAACAACACUUCCUCUCCACGCACCCCAAUAAGAUCAAAACCCAGCCGGUAAACUCAGACUCUCCGAGAGAAUAUAACAAAUUGUCAGAGAAGAACAAAAGUCGUAAUGUGGAAACGGGCAGCCGUGAGAAGUGGCAGGAGAGGAGCACCGUUAGGAGCGACGACGAGACCCCCGUUGGUUACUUUGUUCCUAUCAAACCUUUGGACUCGUCCAAACACAACGGUACCGAUGGCACCAGCUAUUACUGGUGCAAGUUUUGCAGCUUUAGCUACGAAUCGUCCAGCACGGUUCGACUCUUGGAACAUUACGAAAGGCAGCACUCUGGAAGUCAGGUGGUGAACCAUAAUAAAGAAGAGAGCAACCCGACCUCGAAAGAAAGUCUGAUAACGGUGAGUGACAAGAAAACUGUGGAAGAGCUAAUAACGAUCAGCAAGAAGAAAGAGGCGUCGGGCAAGGCGGCUGCUAGCGAGGAUAAAAUGGUGACGAGCUACAAUUGUCAGUUUUGUGAUUUCAGGUACUCCAUGAGCCACGGGCCGGACGUGAUUAUAGUGGGGCCGCUUCUGCGUCACUACCAGCAGGUGCACAGCAUUCAUAAAUGUACCAUUAAGCACUGUCAGUUCUGCCCUAGGGGGCUGUGCAGCCCGGAGAAGCACCUGGGGGAGAUUGCCUACCCGUUUGCCUGCAGGAAAAGUAAUUGUUCCCACUGUGCCCUCCUGUUGUUGCAGCUAUCCCCUGGCGUGACGGGAAGUGCCAAAGUUAAGCACCAGUGUGAUCAGUGCUCAUUUGCAGCUCACGACGUCGACGUUCUCCUGCUUCAUUUCGAGAACGUGCACAGCUCCCCGGUGGCCAAGGAAGUCAAGCCUGAAGACGAACUCCCAGGGAACCAUCCAGGACAAUUGUCAGUCAAGGAGAACAAGGAGCAUCCGUGUACCAAGUGCGACUUUGUCACCGAGGUGGAGGAGGAAAUAUUCCGUCACUACAGGUAAGGGAAAAAAAAAAAUACAUAAAUAAAUUAAAAAAAUAAAUAAAUAGCCGAAUUGAUUGUGCUUUUGGUUA